AUGCAUAAUGCCGCCCAAUUGGCUAAGCUGGAAAAUCGUAUAACUAAAUAUCUUACAGUGGGUCACUGCGUAUCGGCGUCAUAGCUUGCUAAAAUGCGAUUUCUGUACCACCGAAAAUCGAACCAUAGAAAUUCAAGCUCGUGAUUCUGCAGCCCCAGCCCGCAUUGCGAUGGUGCAAGACGACAACGAACCGCCUAGGAUGUGCGGCCCUCCGCCCGGGUCAACCGAAACCGCCCAACAUGUUAAAGAGUCGCAAACCUACGAAACCUUUCCCGGCCCGAAACCAAAUUCUGAGGGCCGAGCGAGAGCGGGCGCGGGCGAAGCAGCUGAGGGGAGGAAGAUAUCUUCGCCUACGAUAACGGAUGCGUUCCAAUCUAUAAAGUCGAACGAUUUCUUCAACGUACAUAAGAUGCCAUGCGCGCCCCAGGGCCUCAUGACAGGUAUUGGGGCUGGUGCAGUGGUGGGCGCGGGUCGCUUUAUUAUAGGAGGACAAAUACCCAAAGCUGCGAAUUGGGCCUUCGGUGCAUUUUUCAUAAGUUCGAUAAUCCAAUGGGAAUACUGCAGGGCGCAACGAGCAAAGCAGCACGCCGCCGUAGCACGAAUGGUCAAAAUCAUGGAUCAGAAAGCGGCCGAGGAGGCUGCACAGGCUAAGGAAGCAGCAAGAUUAAAGCAAGAAGAAGAAGGGAGGCAGGAGGCUGCAAAGAAAAGUUGGUAUAAAUUAUGGUGAACCCAUUCAAGCCAUGCGAUUGCUCAUAGCACUUGUUGCUAUUAUACAUCUUAUAACUGCUCUGUGAGAUAUAGAUGUGAUCCUGCCCAGGUGCCAAUACUUGAAACCCAUGCUUUUCUACCCGGAAGUUGGUACCGAAGCCAGCUUGGGCUCCGACAGAAUAUGGACUCCAAGACUUGGAGGUGGGAGAGUAUGUAAUUCGGAUAGCUCUUCGCGUA